GGAUUUGGUGCCUCUGAAGGACUGAAAGGAUUUAACUGGGAAUGUUCUGGGAUUCUUGGCAGAUCCUGAGACUUUCCCUUUCCCAGGGAAGCCUUCCUGACCAGGAGCUCCUCUUCCCAGGAAGCGCCGUGGUUGCAGCUGCUACCCCAGACCCCGUUUGACCAUCCCAUCCCAGACCCCUGCUGGUUCCCGCUCGGAUCCAUUGCUCGGGGGCGAGGAUACUGCUGCUGUUGGCAUUUCCCCCUUCCCGUGUGCCUGGAAAUGUCUAGGAAGCAAAACACCAGAGAUCCAUCUGGCUUUGUUUUUGAUGUGCAGUCCAACACGGUGCUGGCCCAGGGAGGAACCUUUGAAAACAUGAAGGAGAAGAUCAGCGCUGUGAGAGCCAUCGUUCCCAACAGGAGCAACAAUGAGAUUGUGCUCGUGCUGCAGCACUUUGACAACUGUGUGGACAGGACGGUGCAAGCCUUCAUGGAAGGCAACGCCAGUGAAGUACUGAAGGAAUGGACUGUAACAGGCAAGAAAAAGAACAAGAAGAAGAAACCCAAACCCAAGCCACAGGCAGAGCCCAGCGGCCUCCCGGAGCCAGGGAAACCAGCAUCCAGCGGGGAGGAGGCACUGGGAAGCGCCGGGAAGGGCGGGAUGAACGGAUUCCAUGUCAACGGCUGUGCCCAUGACACCGAGUCCAUGGAUUCACUCAGCGAGGGUCUGGAUGCGCUCUCCAUUGAUGCCAGGGAGCUGGAGGAGUGUGAGUGCCCAGCAGGGCCACCCCGAGCAGCAGUGCCUGACCUAGCGAAUGGGAUAGCAGACUUUGACACACAAUCGCUCACCCUGCAUCCUUCCCAGAGCCCUUCAUCCCUCAGGCAGCGGCCUGAGCACCGGAGCACAGGCAGGUCUCUGUCCAGGUCAGCACUGAGCCACUCCACUCCUGCCUCCCUGUCUGCAACCCACCUCGAGGACAUGACCCUGUCUCCUGCCAACAGGAAGCUGGGCUCCAACAUUGAGAAGUCAGUGAAGGAUCUACAGCGCUGCACUGUGUCACUGGCACGGUACCGGGUGGUGGUGAAGGAGGAGAUGGAUGCUUCCAUCAAGAAGAUGAAGCAGGUCUUUGCCGAGCUGCAGAGCAGCCUUAUGGAUCGGGAGGUGGCGUUGCUGGCCGAGAUGGACAAAGUGAAAGCAGAAGCAAUGGAGAUCCUGGGCAGCCGGCAGAGGAAGGCAGAGGCACUGAAGAAGAUGACGGAUGUGGCUGUGAGGAUGUCUGAGGAGCAGCUGGUGGAGCUCCGGGCUGACAUCAAGCACUUUGUGAGUGAGCGCAAGUAUGAUGAGGACCUGGGCCGGGUGGCGCGGUUCUCUUGCGACCUGGAUGCACUCAAGAGGAGCAUCGCUGCCUUCGGCCAAGUUUCCCACCCCAAGAACAGUUACUCCACGCGGUCCCGGUGCAGCUCACUCACAGCCGCAGCCCUUGGCAGCCCCGGGGACACUGCAGCCCCCCCAGGUCCAACCACUGCCACCAGCCUGAGCACGGGCACCAAGAAGCCCCCGGCCGCAGCAGAGGGACCCACGGGGGACACCGGCAGCCACCCCCCACAGCCAGCACGAGAGCGCACCCGGAGGCCGGGAGCAGGAUCACGACUGCAGCCACCCCCCAUGGCCCAACCCCGGCCGCCGGCAGCGCCCCCCCAGCGCCGGCCCCGCGCACGGCACGAGGGGGCCCGCGCCUGAGCUGCGGCUCCAGUGCCUGGUCCCCAUGC